AUGUGGUUCUCAAAUUUUGAGCUCCUCAACUCUGCCCGGUACGCCCAUUAUAGCAGCCGCCCCCUGGAGCAACAGCCACUGCAGCAGCCGCCCCUGGAGCAGCCGCCACUGCAGCAGCCGCCCCUGGAGCAGCCGCCACCUGCAGCAGCCGCCCCUGGAGCAGCCGCCACUGCAGCAGCCGCCCCUGGAGCAGCCGCCACUGCAGCAGCCGCCCCUGGAGCAGCCGCCACUGCAGCAGCCGCCCCUGGAGCAGCCGCCACUGCAGCAGCCGCCCCUGGAGCAGCCGCCACUGCAGCAGCCGCCCCUAGAGCAGCCGCCCCUGCUGCAGCCGCCCCUGGAGCAGCCGCCACUGCAGCAGCCGCCCCUGGAGCAGCCGCCACUGCAGCAGCCGCCCCUGGAGCAGCCACCCCUGCAGCAGCCGCCCCUGGAGCAGCCGCCACUGCAGCAGCCGCCCCUGGAGCAGCCCCCACUGCAGCAGCCGCCCCUGGAGCAGCCGCCACUGCAGCAGCCGCCCCUGGAGCAGCCGCCCCUGCAGCAGCCGCCCCUGGAGCAGCCGCCACUGCAGCAGCCGCCCCUGGAGCAGCCGCCACUGCAGCAGCCGCCCCUGGAGCAGCCGCCCCUGCAGGAGCCGCCCCUGGAGCAGCCGCCCCUGCAGCAGCCGCGGAGCCCUCGCCCUGCAGUGGUAGCGGCCUCGCCGUUGCCGCCGUCGUACGCCUGCCCUUCUCGCCACUGUGA